AUGACAGCGCCGGCGCCAAGCCCGAGGACACUCCCCCUGUCGGCUGCAGAGCUUGAGGAUGGUCAGAACAUUCUCCCUCCAGAUGCCGUCCGGUGGGCAGAGUCUGACUCCAGUCCAUCUCCCGCCUAUUCAGAAGCACGCUACAGGGUGAGUGCACAGGCACCUAGCAUUGUACAGCGCGGCAGAUGGGCAUGCCCCAACCGCGCUGAACUUCACACAGCAGAUCUUCCUUUUGGCGAAGAUCCACAAUGGCACCCAGCUUUGCCUCUGCGUGUUCUACAGCGAGCUGCCACUGCCGUCAACCGCAAAGGUAGCUUGGAACAUGUGGCCGACCCCGUUCUUGAAGAAGCUCUUCAGGUUGAUAUGCAGAUGUGUCCGAGCGCACCAUUUCCGCCAAUCAGACAUCCAGCGCCUCGAGGGCGUCCUCUCAGAAAGGCCUUCAGCACCAUGUCC